AUGCAAGUCAUGCAACAAGCUCAAAGACAAGUAACGCAACAGCAGUCAGGACAACAAGCAACACAAAUGACCCAACAACUAAAUCCACAAAUGUUACAAGCAAAUUUCUCACGUCCAACUGGCCCCCAAGUAUCAUCAUCCCCAAGACCACAGCAAAAUCAAUUUCGUUUCAAUUUAAACCCAAUGCAGCAACAUGUAAUGAACCUUUUACAAAUCAGUCCUGAAACUCCAUUGACCGAAGAACUUUUAAUAAAGGUCAAUUCCUUUGUAAGCGCAAAUUAA